GAGGUUUUUUGCUUUGAGCUGUUGACAGGACGAGAGCGCUCUCCGGCGCAGUGAGCUAACACUCAGUGUGUGUGCGUGUGUGUGUGGAUGUGUGUGUGAUUUAGCCAUGGCGGCCACAGGAGGAGGGAAAAUCAGAACAAGACGAUAUCACAUCGUUUCUAAACCUUAUGCCAAGGGCCAGCAGCAGCCUGGUUUGAUCAGCCGAGUAACAGACACCGUCAAGAGCAUAGUCCCCUCUUGGCUGCAGAAGUACUUCAAAAACGGUGAGGUAGCUGAAGGAGGAGAUACUCAUGUGCAGGUGGAGCAGAACAACGUACCUACUCCUCCCAAUGGCAGUCAGGAAGCAGCUCCGCUCCCCGAUGGACGCAACUCCCCAGAACCCAGCACAAGUAACGCAGAGCCCUCUACAAGCAGAGCGUCGCUGAACUUUCAGGACGUUCUCUCCAGACCUCCACUCAACCGCUCCCACCUACAUUUCCCUUCCCAUGAUGGCUCCCCUGCACUUGGGGGCUCUCUCUUCUCCCAGCCCUCCACAUCUACGGCUCCCUUUCCAGCAAGCCCAUUUGCUGUAAGCUCAAGCUUCUCUUUAGUGAAGGAGAUCAAGGAUUCCAGCUCUCAGCACGAGGAUGACAAUAUCUCCACCACGAGUGGCUUCUCAUCACGAGCGUCUGAUAAAGAUGUACCCACCUCAAAGACUGCACCACUCCUCUGGUCACCAGAGACAGAACGCACACAGUCCGGAUCACAGCUGGCCCAUACGAGUCUCAAGAAGCCAGCCUUCAACCUGUCAGUCUUCGGCACUUCCUCAUCAUCAGCGAUGAACAGUUCAGUGCUGAACUCAAGUCAGCUGGGAGACUCUCCCUUCUAUCCAGGGAAGACUACGUAUGGCGGCGCUGCAGCUGCCAAGAUGGCUCGUUCACGGGCGGGCACACCUUAUCAGGCUCCAGUGAGGAGACAGAUCAAGGCCAAACCAGCAGGAGCUCAGCCUUGUGGAGUGACCAGCGCCACAGCCAGACGCAUCCUGCAGUCAUUAGAGCGCAUGUCCAGCCCUCUUGCUGAUGCGAAAAGAAUCCCAUCUACAGUUUCUUCUCCCUUGUCACCAUCAGUGAAUCACACAGAUCUAGAUGUUAGUAAUUUCCAGUCUAAGAGGAAAAAGCUGGAACCGGCUGUCCCACCUGUGCAGAAACUGGUGAUUCCAGCUGCUGCAGCUGUGUCUGGUAACCGCUCCAUGUCUUUCCGCCCUUCGCUUACUCCUGGAUCUGUGAGCAGAGUGGUGGAAAAGGGCAGCAAGGAGACGCCUGUUAGACGGUCCCCUCAGAUCCCAGAUGCCAUUCCAGCUGCUACAGCAAGCACAAGCAGUCUGUCGUACCCGUUGUCCAGCACACCUGCCACCAGCGUCACGGGUGCUGGUGGGGGCAAGAUGAAGCGAGAGAGGAGUGUCCGACCUUCCACCAAAAGACCCGACGAUGAGGUUGCUGAAGUGCCGAACCUGCCUGCUGUUUCUCUGCCAAUCAGCAACUUCAAUCUGCCCACCUUCAGUUUCUCCUCCCCACCCCCUGCCUCGACACUCACCCCCAGCACCACACCAGCACCUCGCAUCUCUGAGCAAGCAGCCGUCAGCAAGGAGACGAAUGCCGUGUCUACGCCUGUUUCUGUCUCUUUUACUUUUUCUUCGCCCAUUGUCAAGGCAACAGCUGCCAGUCCACUGUCUUUUCCUCCAUCAUCGGGAUUUACCUUCAGCGCGCCUACUAUGAAAACCACAACUUCCAUGUCAAAUGGGAAAGUUGCUCCAGCAAUAGUUACAUUAAAAAAAGGCAGCGAAAGCAGUGAGGAAUUUGGAGGGCCUUUCAAACCUGCUAAGGCCUUGAAGCAGGGUAGUGUUCUGGAUAUCCUUAAAGGACCUGGAUUUGCUUCUCCAGCCCAGAACUCCUCUGAAACAGAACCCACGAAGCCGACACGCAGCACAACUCUACAUGCACCCUUGACUUCUCUCUCUGGGUUUGGGGAGAAGUUUAAACCUGCAGCGGGAUCAUGGAACUGUGGCACCUGCCUGCUGCAAAACAAACCCUCAGACAAAAAGUGUGUGGCCUGCGAGGCCCCGCAGCCCAGCACAGACUCUUCCUCCAAAUCGGACAGUAAACCUGCGAAAGCCCCUGCUGCUAGUCUUAGUUCUUUGUUUGCCCCUCCAGCUGGAAGCUGGGAAUGUGACACCUGUAUGGUGCAGAACAAGCCUGAGGUGGUUAAAUGUGUAGCGUGUGACACGGCCAAGCCAGGGACUGGAGUAAAACCUGCCCUGACUCGGCCUCCUGUCUCUGAGGUCUCUUCAACACCCCCUGCUUCUUCUACCCCAGCCGCCACUUCCACCACCACUACCACCACGUCUGGACUGCUUAGUUUUGCUGACAAGUUUAAGAAGCCAGAGGGCGCAUGGGAUUGCGACGUAUGCAUGGUUCAGAACAAAGCACAGGAUGUUAAGUGUGUAGCGUGUCAGACCGCUAAACCAGGAGCAGCGGCCACACCUUCAUCCCAAGCAUCUUCAUCCCAGCCUUCUGCAUCCACGCCAGCAAGUACUGCACCUCUAUUGGGAUUUGGAGACAAGUUCAAGAAACCUGAGGGCAGUUGGGAGUGUGAUGUCUGCUGUGUUCAGAACAAGGCUGAGGACCAGCAGUGUGUGGCCUGCCAAUCAGCCAAACCAGGCGCUAAAGUAGAAACCAAAGGUUUUGGCACUCAGUCAUCCAGCACUAAGUCAAGCUCAACUACUUUCAAGUUUGGUACUUCAAGUUCUUCAAAUUCAACUUCUGGUGAACUGAAAUUCGGUGGCACUUUUUCAGACUCCACCCCCACAAUGUCCUUUAAAUUUGGUAAUGCUUCAUCAGAUGCCACUGCACCUUCUGGUGGGUUCAAAUUUGGAGGCUCAUCCUCAGAUAGUUCUUCAGGAGAAUUCAAAUUUGGAGGAGCCUCCACAGAACACACCUCAACAGGCCCAAGUUCAACCGAGACUUUCAAAUUUGGUGUUUCCUCAGAUGGCUUUAAAUUUGGAACAGCUCCUACUUCUGAAUCAACAAGUGAAGAGAAAAAGAUCGAAACUCAAAAUUCUGGUGCUGGUUUUAAAUUUGGAGGAAGCAGUGCAAUCAAUUUUGGCUCCAUAAGCACUGCUGCUGCUCCUGCAGCUGCAUCAGGGGGCUUUGCGUUUGGGCACUCAAAACCUGAAGAGAAAGCAGAGUCCAAUCCAUCGUUCAGUUUGUCAGCACCUAAAGCCAAAGCUGAAAAUGAAGACCCUCCUCCUUCCACGGAAGCUGUUUCAGCCACUGCCAAUGCCGCCCCUGUUUUCGGCAACCCGCGACGGGCAUUUCGCCACGAGCAGACCACAGUUCAACUGUUUUUAGAUGAAACCCCACAGAAGACUUCAACCACUACUUUCAUGUUUGGUAAAACAGAGGAGAAAAAGGAUACCUCAACACCCUCAGCUGGAUUUCUGUUCAAUGCAGCCAAGGAGGCUGACAAACCUGCACCCUCCUUGGGCUUCAAUUUCAGCAAGCCAGACCCUCCAAAGGAACUCCCCAAACCUACAUUUACAUUUGGAAAACCCGCUGAGCCCACAGAAACCCCAAAACCGACAUUCGGCUUUGGACAGAAUGCAACAGACAAUGCAGCACCAAAGACUGCGUUUGCCUUCAUGGGCAGUUCAUCUACCACCCCUGCAUCCUCCAGUCUUGCACCCAGCCUCUUCGGGACUCCCAGCAGUUCGAGCCUGGCCCCCACUCCUGCUCCAACCAGCACUUUUGUUUUUGGCCAGAGCUCCUCUUCAGAUGCACCUUCCAAGACCUUCAUGUUUGGGCAGCAGCAAGAAACCCAGGCAGCCUCAGCAGAACCCCCUGCCGCUCCUAAUCCAGCACCGCCGUUCGUCUUCGGCUCUGUGAAUAGUUCGAACGCAUCGCCCUUCUCCUUCGGCAAUGCAGCCUCUACGCCAGCAUCUACAGCUCCUGCACCCUCAGCAGCUCCAUCUCCAUUUGGGUUUACUGCCACCACGUCCACCUCUGGCUUCGGCUCUGGACAGACAUCGGCAUUCGGCUCCUCGCAGUCCACCGUUCCAGCUUUUGGAUCAGCUGCGUCCUCUUUCACAGCCACGGCAUCAGCAGCUCCUGCCUUUGGAGCGAAGCCUAGUGCUCCUUCUGUGUUUGGCCAGCAGCCCAAUUCAACACCCGCUUUUGGAUCGUCUGCUGCCUCUUCUGGCCAAGGAGGCUUCCAGUUUGGAGGAGCCACUGCUUUUGUGGGAACUGGGAGCAACAACAGCGGUAUAUUUACCUUUGGAGCGGGAUCCGGAGCUACAGCCAGCCCUGCAGCAUCACCGGCCAUGUCCGCUCAGCCAGCAGCACCUGGGGGAGGCUUCAGCUUCUCACAGCCCCCGGCCUUCAAUAUCGGGUCAGCAAAGAGUUCCAACGCAACACCAACCGGACAGCACGGCAUCGCCGGCCGCAAGAUCAAAACCGCUGUCCGGCGUAGGAAGUAAAGCUGGAAAUGAUACAGGCUGCCUCACCUUUGAACAAACACUGAAGUACUUAGUAUUUUGAGCUUGGUACAUUCACGGCUCCCUUUUGCCAGGAGAUUGGUUUUUGCAGUCGAGGGUCAUUGGUAGACUCUGGAGCCCUGGCCCUGUGACUGAAACUCACAGAGACUCAAAAAUGCGAAAUAAAUGAAUACAAUCAAAGCAAAAACCUUACCUUGUGCAGGAAAGGUAUCUCUAUUUUCAGCAUCCGCAACGUUGGCAGGAUUUGCGCAUGACUUUUUGUAAGGAAAGAAUACCAUGCAAAAACAAAUUUAGGGCAGUGACAGAUAGGUUUUGCUUGGGUGAUCUGCAGGUAAAUCUGCACGUGGCAGAGACGAGGACUAGUUGCUGUAUGUACAGUGAGGCGAGUGUUUCUAUGUACUGAAUGAAGCAAUUUUUUUUUUCUUUUUUUGUGUGCAGAUUUGUGUGUAUGUAUGUAUGUGUGGAUUCUUUGUACAUGCUGAAUUGUGCUGAUUGGAAAAUGGAGGCAAAUGAAUGUGUUUAAGGAAAGGGCUGGGUGGUGGUGUGGGUUACCCCCGUGUGCUGUUGAUUGGUUGGUGAAAGAAGCAGCCCCGCUGCUCUCCUCAGAUUCUCUGUAAAUCUGCACUUCCCAAUCUGUUCAAGUUCAUCCUUGAGUGCCCUUUUAGUUGUUUUUUUUUCUUCCUCCUCCUAUUACUCUCCCAUUUUCUUGCUCUCAACUCUCUACACCUCAUCUUGCUCUUUGUCUCCUGCCUUUUCAAUAUUAUUAAAAAUUGUAAAUAGUAACUUUUUUUUAAUCUGUGAAGUUUUUGUGUGUUAAACAAGCUUAUUUUUCAUUCAGCAUUUUUUUUUUUUUUUUUGUCUUUUAGAAUUUAUGUAAAGCCCUUAAUUCAAAGUUACCCAAAUCCAUUUAAAAAUGACCUUAAAUGCAAAUUGGGGAUCCUUUGAAGACUAAAGGUAUAUUGGCAUUUCUGAUCCACUUUUGUUUGGACCAAAACCAGUAUUGUAAAAAGUGUUAAGUAUAUAUUUUUCUAUUGCUUGUUUAAAUGGACUUAGGGUGACUUUGGAUAAUAAGGACAUCUACUUAAUUUUAAAGCCAUGAUAAUUAUUACUGAACGAGUGAUAAAUAAAACCAUGGAUAAUUGCCAUCAAUAAAAUUAUGAAAUGAU